AUGGCACCUGUCACCAAAGCCCGCAAAACCCGAGCCACUGCGACCAAGCCCUCAUCGCGAGAUAACAAUUUGUAUGACCAUGAGGUUACCAACCCACACAGUUUACACAACCUGGACGCGACCACGACAAAGCCCCUUCACGAUCUAUACGUUGACGAUAGCGACCGAUACUCCAACACUUCGCUAAAGCGCAAGCGUUCUGUUUCUCCNCCAAGCACUUCACGACAUCCGGCUGGCAUGACUGUUGACUCUGCUUCAAGUUGUGGAUCCUCCGAACUGAGCCCAGCGCACCAAGAUUUGCUACCCAUGUCGUUGACUAUUGAGGUUCCGCGUGGUCACGAAGGGCCUUUGGUUGUGGACCUCGAUAUCAAGUCCCUACUUGCACAGGCUCAGUCUUUGAUACGCCCACUUCCCACUUGUCUAUCUCCACGCUCCGUCUCAUGUGCAGAUUCCGGCUACUCCAGUACAUCGAGCGUCACCUCGGAGAUCAGCAAGCCCAACACCACCUCAAAACGCAGUUUCCUAGAUCUCCCAGCCGAGAUUCGCAAUCAGAUCUAUCGGCUCGCGUUUGUCUCGAAGGACAAGUUGGACUUUGCAUAUCCCAACAACUUCAGCCGAUCUUCGUCGUUGCUUCGAACCUGUCGCCAAGUCCACGAAGAGGGCCGCAGUAUUUUAUACUCUGAGAACACCUUCUACUUCCAGCGCCGCAAGAAGGAGCGAGCUGUCCGCUGGACAACAGACACGUACGAGAUUGGCUACAAGGAUGUUCAGUUCUUUCUAAAAAGCAUCGGUCUUGCCAAUGUCAGUCUGCUCCGUCGUCUGAUCAUUAUGUUUGAAGACGCUACGCCGUCAAUGAACACACAUCUCCGGGAUGCCGAUGAACGUAGAUUCACCAAUGACGAAGACCUGAUGGACACGUUACGCAUACUGGGUGACCACACAAUGCUUAAGACUCUAGAUCUGUGCUUCCAAGGAAGACGGAUGUUUUACAACAAAGACGAAUCUCGGUUCAUCGACAAUCUUACUCGGAUCAAAGCGGAUCAGGUCCAGUGUAUCAACAACCCUGAUACACCUUUCUCCAACUGGAAGGGGCUCUCGAAGAUCGCCUCGGCAGAUGCAGAUCGUCUCAUCCAUGAGAUGACACGACGAGUCACGAUUUUCCGCUGA